AAACCAUGGUCAAUUCCCAGAAGAGAAAUUCGCUUUCGCAUGACCAGUUCACGUUCAACGCACAUCCCAUCGGAAUGAGAGACUUUUUUGUGAUCUAGGAAGGCGUUCUUGGAAGUGUCUCCCGUUAUCCUGUUCCUAUCGGUGUCAGUAGAGCAAGGCUUGGAUAGAAGAGCAGAUAUGAAAUUUGACGCCCUUGUCGCCAUGUUACUGAAUUUGUUGUUGUUUGCGGGAGGUCGAUCGACUAAACCUAGCUGUUGUCCAAAAGUGGAUCCUGACGCAUUUCGUAAUGUUAGUGAACUUAUCGCGAAUCGUGGGUACCUAGUUGAAGAAUAUUAUGUUGAAACUACAGACAAUUUCAUACUCGGUGUCCAGCGCAUCCCACACGGACGAGCGGGGAGAUCUAGAGGCCCUAAACCUGUAGUGUUCCUGCAGCAUGGUCUCUUGGCGGACUCGUCAAAUUGGGUCCAAAAUUUUCCAGAUAACAGUUUGGGGUACAUCUUGGCCGACAAUGGGUUUGAUGUUUGGCUUGGUAACAUCCGGGGAAACAGAUACUCCAGACGUAACCGCCACUUAAAGCCUAAUCAGAAAGAAUUCUGGGAUUGGAGCUUUCAAGAAAUGGCCCAAUAUGACAUCCCAGCCAUGCUGAAACACGCGCUAGAGAUCAGCGGUCAAGACCAGCUCUUUUACAUUGGCCACUCGCAAGGAACUCUGGUCGCUUUCACGGGUUUUUCAUCCAACCCCGAGCUUGCAAAGAAAGUGAAACUGUUUAUUGCCUUGGCGCCCAUCUACCAAUUGGACCACACUGCCGCAAUACUGAGGGACUUGGCUUUCACUCUUGACCCCUUAGAGGAACUUCUUCGUCCCCUUGGCGAAAUCGAGUUCUUGCCUGGUCGACUGCUUCAGAAGCUUAUAGAUAUCGGUUUUUGCGGCAGCAAGUGGUCAGAACAGGCUUGCUAUGAUCUGGGAGGGUACAUUUUUGGCUUUGAUGACAGCAACAACAAUAUGAGUCGGGUUCCGGUUUAUCUUUCAAAUUGGCCAGCAGGUACUUCCCUGAAGAACAUCAUUCAUUUCGGCCAGCUUAUAUUAUCGGGAAGAUGUCAGAAGUUUAAUUAUGGCAGGAAAGGGAAUCAAAAACAUUACCAUCAGGACUCACCACCAGUGUACAAUGUCAGUAAGAUGAUCACACCGACAGCAUUUUUCUUCGGCGGCUGUGAUUCACUGUCUAACGCAACUGACGUGGAAGCACUAAUACCCAAAGUACCAGACCUUGUACUAACUCAGUUCUUUCCUAAAUGGAAUCACGUGGAUUUUGUCUUUGGAGAGGACGCUACUCAAGUUUUGUACAACCACCUUGUCAAAAUUAUGCAUGAUUCUUCGGUGGAGCAGUAAGGGCAUUUUCGAAAUGAGAAGUUGGUCUGCUAAUGUGAAAAGUUAUGUUCUAAUAGUAUUGGAUCAUUGAGCAGUUCGGCGAUUCCGCACCGAAAAGACAAAAUUUAAUUUCAGAAGAGGAAAUUCAUUUUCGUGAGGAUUGGAUUACUGUGAGAUUGUUUAAAAUAUAAUUUAAUGUUACCGAGGACUACCAAAGAAACUGAUAGGCAAAUCGAAAAGCAUAUCAUUCGAUGGACGAUUUUUAUCUUGUAGCCACUGUACUUGAUUUAAUUUUAAAUCGUUUUUUUCUUAAUUUCAUCUCUGGACCUUUACUCAUUUCCUAGCGUCAAUUUAUCCUAAGGCGUAUCCCUGCAAAGACGUCCGAUGAAAAAGCUUUAACAACUUGAAGUGACAUCGCAAUAAAGCCCAAACGAUUGCCUGAGGUCAAAUCUAGUAUAAAGCAUCAAACUUAUCGUAAAGGGCGAAUCAAAUUCACCUCUUCGUUCGACAGGUUCAAGAAAGGGGACCAAAAUCCUACUUAUACCUUAUUUAAAACGUCAUUCUGUACAAAAAUCGUAGUGAUCACACAGUCUCUUUUUUAAAUCUUACAAAUUGUAUAAUGAUAUAAAAAUUUUAUUUAUGAUUAAAGAUUGUUACA